AUGGCUGUUGGAAAGUUAAGCGUUACCCCAGUAACCGUUCGCGGUCUCUCCACCUCUGGAUUAAACGAUGCCCGUCUUUUUGUUGGAUGUUAUGUUCAAGAAAAUGAAAAGCAUAGAACUCACUCCGAGAGUGGCCCCGAACCUCUCUGGAAAAACGUAUUGACUUGUAAUGUUCCCGAAGGUCAGAAUUUUUUGCAUAUCGAGUUAGUUAACGAAAGUCCCAAUAAUGGUGGUAUUCUUGCAACAAGCAAGAUUGCUUUGAACCAAGUUUUUGAACAAGGUACUGAAACAAAAUGGUCUCAAUUAAACUCAUCUUCUGGACAAUCUCUCGGUGAAAUUAAGUUGGAUCUCUCUUUCUCUGGUACCAAUUCCGUUAGCUCCGUCACUUCUUCUUUCGGUGGUAUGAACUUGGCUGGUGGACAACAAGUUGCUUAUCAACAAACUACCUCUCACUCUCAAACUAUUUCUCACAACCAGUCUGAAAGCCGUCAAGGUUCAUACUCUUCUUUAGGUCCCGCCAACCCUAUUCCUUCUAAUUAUGGAUCUGGAAGUCCUCCCCCUUUUACACCUCCAGCUGCCGUUUCUUAUCCCGAAAAGAGCGGUAAUAACUUCAUGCCUGGUGGCGGUAUGCCCGGUAGUGGUAUGCCUGGAAGUGGUAUGCCUUCUGCUGGUGGAUUAGUUGCCGAACAAAGAGCCACUGUUAACACUGAGAAUAUGACUAAGGAUGAAUUUGAGGAAGCAAAGGCAAGAGGCGCUGUCCCUACUUGGAUGAAAUACGGUGGUGGUGUCUUGGCUGGUGCUGCCGCUUUAGGGCUCAGCGCAUGGGGCGCUCAUGAACUUAAAGAGCGUUAUGAUGAGAAAAAGGAAGAGGAGGAAAGACUCCAAAAGCAACAAGAAAAGCCAGCUGCUCACUUCCAACAACAAGGCCAAACUCCUUACACUAUCCAUAACCAACAAGGUCAACAACAACAACAGCAACAACAUCAACAACAACAACAUCAAAGCUAUCCUCAACCUCCCCAACAACAGUUCCAUUCUUCUGACAAGAAGGAACAAAAGUCUGAACACAAGAAGGAGAAGAAGGACAAGAAGAAGGACAAGAAAUAUAAGAAGCAUGGUUCUGAUUCUGAUUCCUCUUCAUCUGAUUCCGAUUCCUCUGACGAUGAACGUAAGCAAAAGAAGGAUAAGCAUCACAAGAAGAGAGAUAGUGACUGGAAUUAA